GUUGCUGAGGACUUUGUAGAAUGCAAUUACCGGCACCAUGCGAUGAUCCAAUGCACCAAUCCCCGUACAACUUAUUCGCAUUACGCGUCUAUCUGGCAAGCGCCCGAUGGCGACGAUUGUAUCGAAGCUAUCGAACAUGUGGCCCCAGCGCCCGACGAAUCCCCAGAAAGAGGAUACGCCGAGGAUGCCCAGGGCAAGAAGAUGGGAAGGUGCCAGGCGAAUCGUUUGGAUAUCAAUGGCUAACUGCGCUCUGCUGGCUCUUCAGAAUAUGCAUGGUCAAUCUAAUAUGCGCGAUAGGUGUAUAGAAAUAUACUGACAAAAGGCCGCAGCGUCGCGGAAUAUUGGCCAUAGCGGAG